UACUCCAGCUGAUCGGCCUCGUUUCCCGGUGCGGUCCGUUGGACUGUACGCGGCAGUAUUUUAGGCAAAUUUGAUCGUUUAAACAGCAACGGUGGACGCGGCCUUCCGUGUCGGCAAAGCAUUCUUACGCCGUCAACACUUUGAGCCAGAAAAUAUACCGCGGAGUGUGUUAAUAGUUCGUAUCCAGCCAAGGAACCUGUACAUAAAUAGUAGGCCGUCCCCGGGUCUCACUACGAGGAUUAGCCUGUACAAACAGGAUACAACGAUGGGUGACACGGGCAGUGAGCGCUCCAAGCCUCCCAGUAUACCGCCGCGCUGUCCUUGUGGAUUUUGGGGGUCCAGCAAAACCAUGAAUCUGUGCUCCAAAUGUUUUUCCGACAUUGAGAAGAAACAGCCCGACGAGGACUGUGACCCAGAGCCCGCCUCCAGCAGCAGACAGUCAGACGCCUUCUGUAACGAGACAAACAGCAGCAGUAGCCAAUCCCUGUCGUCGGUGCCCACCAGCUCAGUGGAGCCUUCGUGUGAGGGCUCUGGAGCCACGCCUCUCCCUGCACAGGAGGAAGUCUCCAGCACAAACACAGCCCUGGGCACCCUCUCCACCCCAACAAAACGACCGUGUGACUCAGCCUCUGGGUCGGAGAGCGAGGCGUCCCCAGAGAAGCGGGCGCGGGGGGGCGAGGGUCCCUCCUCAGAGGAGUCUUCCUCCUCCUCCUCCUCCUCGCCACGUGGUGCCAAGCAGAGGAGUCGGCGCCGCUGCCACCGCUGCCAGACCAAGCUGGAGCUGGUGCAGCAAGAGCUGGGCUCCUGUCGCUGUGGCUACGUGUUCUGCAUGCUGCACAGGCUUCCUGAGCAGCACGACUGUCUGUUCGACCACCUGGGCCGCGGCCGCGAGGAGGCCGUCCUCAAGAUGGUGAAGCUGGAGCGCAAGGUGGGACGCGCCUGCCAGCGCAUCGGGGAGGAGUGCUCCUGAGCACCCACACGACCCAGCCAAUCAGAGAGGAGGAGUGCUCCUCAGCACCCACACGGCCCAGCCAAUCAGAGAGGAGGAGUGCUCCUCAGCACCCACACGACCCAGCCAAUCAGAGAGGAGGAGGAGCAGGCGGACACACUUUGGACUCACUUUGGUCCUGGAACCCCCUUUUUGAGACUGUGCUCUUACCUCAAUACCAGACAAAGCACUGCUACUUGUUGCGCCCCGCAUGGGACUUAGUGCGCACCCCCGCCCCACCCCCAAGCCCUUGAC